AUGACUCGCGGUGGCCUAUCAAUGUAUCCAGUGCUCCUAUCCUUCCAGACAAGUCUGGUACCAAUUUGCCGAGCACCGAGGGAUGGAAGGCUUGGUGAGCCAUGGGCGCGGAGAUCGAUUCCAUGUGUGUGUCGCAGCGCGAUCUCCAACCACUGCCCCAUAAGCGCCCAUACGUGUUACAGAGGUGUUGUGUUUGGUUUUGGAAAUGUUCCAAUUCCAUCAGAGGAUAAUAUUGCUAAACUGGUCAACCGAAAGCUAAGUAUUCGUGCUAUCACUUGGAAUAUCAACGAAAAGCCCGUUAAAAUUCUCAGUCUUCUUGCUGAUCAUUUGAAAUAUAUGUCAACACACCUUGAAGAUAUCAUCUUGAUAGCCCUACAAGAGAUACCUCCAUCGACUGCGACAUUCCACGAAGAUGCUCUAGCAAUUAUAUCGAAACCUCUACACCAAACUCACGUCACCUAUCUCUCAUACCGAGCUUGGAGUCAAAUGGUGUUUCUACUCAUGAGAAAGUCUCACACAUGCUUCACAACAGAACCAAUGGUCAGAUUUGUGUCAUGCAAUACUCUGACAAAACCUAUGAGGACGAAGGGCGCUAUCGGAGUUUGCCUGCGCAUUUAUCAGCGAUGGACUGUCAUCAUUGCUUGUCAUUUGACACAUUCGAGUGCACUGGAAAGAAUACAAAACUAUCACAAAGUUAUGAAAAACCUAAAAUUCUCGACAUUGUGCAGUUUCACAGGAAACGACGGCAUUCUUCACGCCGAUUGUGUGCUAUGGAUAGGCGAUCUUAACUUCCGAAUAAUGAAAGACUCCGGAAUACAGUGGAAUUCACAUCCACAUGGACUUAGUUCUUCUGACAUAGAGAAUAUAAUUAAGGACGAUGAGUUGGCAAUAAUACGACAAAAAGAGCUCGCUUUCACGGUAUUCUCCGAAGCACCGAUCAAAUUUGCUCCUACCUAUAAAUUUGAAAUCGGAACUAACAAUUACGUAGCAGAUAGAAUUCCUUCCUAUACGGAUCGGAUACUUUUCUGGACAAAGCAAGCAAGUUGGCUGGAGUGUACAAGUUAUAACAUCAUUCAGAAGGUAUCCCAAUCCGAUCACCGUCCAGUGUUCGCCACGUUCCAGCUAGAAGCGAUCAAUAAAAAGACACCCAGGAGAUUCAACAGCGACCGUACAAUUGAAAACUCAUCACGUAAGUGCCAUGAAGAGAAUAACUUAGAAAAAAUUGACAGAAGGUUAAUGAAGACCCAGGUAACUCGACAAAGCGCAUUCCUUAAAGACAGAAGGAAAAUUUCGAACCAAUACUACCAAAAGCUGCUUUAA